AUGGCUUUCAAAUUUGUUGCUGUUUUUGCUUUAUUAGCCGUGGCCAAUGCUGGUCUUCUCCCAGCUGCCCAUGUCUACCAUUCCGCUCCAGCUGCUCAUGUUUAUCAUGCAGCUCCAACUGCUGUAGUCAAGACUGUUACUCCUGUUUUGGCCAAAGCUGAUGAUGAAUUCGAUCCUCAUCCCCAAUACAAAUACGGUUAUAAUGUUCAAGAUGCUGUUUCUGGCGACUCUAAGAGCCAAGUAGAAGAACGUGAUGGUGAUGUUGUUCGCGGUGAAUACUCUUUAAUCGAUGCUGAUGGCUUCAAGCGUACCGUCCAAUACACAGCUGAUGAUCACAACGGUUUCAAUGCUGUUGUACACCGUGAACCUCUUGUAAAGACCGUUGCUCCAGUGGCUCAUUAUGCUGCUCCUGCUGCUGUUGUUAAAACUAUAGCUCCAGUAGCUCACUAUUCUGCCCCAGCCGUUGUCAGCCAUGUAGCUCCUGUAGCUCACUAUGCCUCCCCUGCUGUUGUUAAAACCGUAGCACCCGUUGCUCACUAUGCUGCUCCAGCAGUUGUUAAAACUCCUGCUUACACCACCUACACUGUGCCUACUCAUCACUAAUUUGGAUGUAAUUUUUAAGAAAUUAUUCAUGACUGAUGAUGCUUUUUAAUUUUGUUUUAGUAUUAUUUUUAAAUGAAGAAAUAAAUAUGUAUAAAAAAUAUA